AUGGCGACAGAAACCCCCGCGGGAGGGCCCCUCGAAGCCCGCAUAUCCCGUGCAGAACCCAAGACAGAUGCUUCUGCUACAUCUGAGCCUGCUACUGGAGACACCACAGAGACCCCCGCUGCUACAAAACCUUCAGCUGCGGAUGGCCAAACGGAUGGAGCCUCUGAAGGUUUUGGAGGAUCCCAACUACAGGAACCAGAGUACUCGGUCAAUGUCAAACUGAGCGACUUGCAAGCGGACCCAAAUAAUCCGUUAUACUCAAUUAAAAGUUUUGAGGAGCUUGGGCUACAUCCAUCCAUUCUCCAAGGUCUACAUUCCAUGAGCUUUCGUCGUCCCUCUAAGAUCCAGGAAAAAGCCCUGCCGCUUCUCCUAAAUAAUCCCCCGGCGAACAUGAUUGGCCAAUCACAAUCCGGUACUGGAAAAACCGCUGCUUUCGUCCUGAACAUCUUGUCUCGUCUUGAUCUGUCUCCCCAGAUGGAGCUUGCACCACAGGCAUUGGUACUUGCGCCCAGUCGUGAGUUGGCUCGCCAGAUAGUGGGUGUCAUCCAAGUUAUGGGAUCAUACGUCGACAAGUUGAAAGUUGCUACCGCCGUGCCCAUGGAAUCGAAUCGCAAUCAAAAAGUUGAAGCCCCCGUUGUUGUAGGCACCCCGGGAACUGUGAUGGAUCUCAUCCGGAAACGGUUAUUUAAUCCGCAACAUUUGAAAGUCAUUGUGCUCGACGAGGCAGACAACAUGCUCGACCAACAAGGCCUAGGGGAUCAAUGUAUCCGUGUUAAAGGGCUGCUUCCAAAAAAUAUUCAAGUUGUGCUCUUUUCAGCCACAUUCCCCGAUCACGUCGUUCGUUACGCCAACAAGUUUGCGCCGAAUGCAAAUCAGAUUACUCUUAAACAUGAAGAGUUGACAGUUGAAGGCAUCAAACAACUCUACCUUGACUGUGACUCUGAUGAGCACAAAUUCGAUAUUCUGGUGAAGUUCUACGGCCUACUUACCAUCGGAUCAUCAAUUAUUUUUGUAAAGACACGUGCUUCAGCAGUUGAAAUUGAAAGGAGAAUGGUGGCUGAAGGCCACACCGUCGUAUCCCUCACCGGUGGCGUUGAGGGCCAAAAACGUGACGAAAUCAUUGACAAGUUCCGCCAAGGCGACGCCAAAGUGCUUAUUACGACCAACGUGCUAGCUCGAGGAAUCGAUGUACAGACCGUAUCAAUGGUCAUCAACUAUGAUAUCCCUGAACUCCAUGCUCCGAAAGCUACUAAGCGUAUUGCUGACGCCCAGACUUAUCUUCACCGCAUUGGUCGUACUGGCCGCUUCGGCCGCGUCGGCGUGGCGGUGUCCUUCGUUGCCAGUAAGGAAGAAUGGCAGAUGCUCCAGGAUAUUAAGACGUAUUUCAACACUGAAAUCCAGCGUGUGAACACUCAGGAUUGGGAUGAGGUUGAAGAAGUGGUAAAGACCAUUAUCCGAAGCUCGAGAGCUGGGUCAAAUUUUCAACGCUCUUAA